AUGGAGCAAAAAAAGCCCAAAAGGAUUUUGAAAGAGUCCUUGGACAAUCUUUCUGAGCAGAACUUCCAGGAGUUUUGCGCAGCGCUCGUGGACCCCAGUAUGGAGACGCGCGUCCCUCUCGCGAAGGUGCAGGGGAAAAGCCGCCUGGACAUCGCAAAUGAGAUGAUAAGCACUUUCACGGAGCAGGGAGCUCUCAAGGUGGCCGAAAAGAUCCUCAGAUACAUCAAAUGCACCGGGCCCACUGCUCCGUGGGGGCCCACGCCCAAGAGGAAAAAAACAAAGUCUCAAGAGGCAGGUGCAGGACCAGGAGGACCAGCAAAUCAAAAAACCCCGAAAAAGAUUUUGAAAGACUCCCUGGACGAGCUUUCUGAGGAGAACUUCAAUGAGUUUUGCGACGAGCUCGUGGGCCCUCGCGUCCCUCUCGUGAAGGUGCAGGGGAAAAGCCGCCUGGAGAUCGCAGAAAUGAUGAUAAGCACUUUCAAGGAGCAGGGAGCUCUGGAGGGGGCAGAGAAGAUCCUCAGAGAGAUCAGCUGCCCCCUGGUUGCGGACAAACUCGGUAGAGACAAACUUGACUUAAUCCAGAAUGGGGGCCAAGAUGAUAUGGAUCUGCGCUAGACACGUCAUCCAGUGUGAGAUGUAUGCCAGAAUAAGGCCCAAUCCCAAUACUCCCCCUACUUUCUUUCACUAGCCCUACUUUCUUUCACUACCCCUAAAAAAGAAGGGACAGAUUUUAGGGCACUUGAAAUCUUCCCAGGUCUGUCCCAAUACUCCCACUACUCCUACUUUCAGCACCACCCCUAAAAUCAGGAAGCUGAGAGCUAAAAACUGUUUUAAUUUCAGCUGUAGCGCUGUUAAUAUGCCACUUUAUUAAGUUUUAAUAUUUUUUCAGGCGUUUAAAAGUAACCGUUUAGAUCCCCAACCUGGGCUCAGUUUAUCCAAAUAACACCUGUUAAGAAAUUUGAUCUGAUGUUUUCGGAGAUGAGAAGAGCCGCCGGCUCGGAGCAGCAGCAGCCGGAGUACAGACGUGAUUGCCAGGUCAACCUGCGCCGUCGUCCCGGGGGAGAAACCUGCAGCUCUGUGGAGAAUUACCUCUGGCUGAAAUAAAUCAUUUAGGAAGAUAAAUGUUGGUUUAAUAGAUGAAAUCUAACAGUUGUAGCUACGCCUGUUAAGAAAUUUGCUCCGAAAAUUUCGAGAUUUCUGCCUGCCGGCCCAGGAGCUGAAAAAAUAAGAAAUGUCCGCCAUGUUUUUUUUUUUUAUUCAGUCCGCAAAUGAUGACGAAAAGCAUUCUGGGAAAUUUUUCUGGCCCUAGAUCAGCUAGUGAGGAUCGGAAAUCCCUACAUCCAUAGCCACUACACUACUUUUCUUCACUACCCCUAGGUGGAAAGAGGAAUUGGGACACCACUACCCUCACGGGAACGCGCAAAAUCUAGGGGUAGGGAUGAAAACGAGGGGUAGUGGGAGAAUUGGGACAGAGCCUAAGAGCUCUGCCAACCUCUCAGGAGAAGAAGGCUACGAGGGUCCUCUCAGAAACUCAGAUGCAUGCAAAAACAUCCUUCGGAAGCAGCAACCAUAUCUCAUAGCUGA